AUGUUGUGUAACUGCACCAUGGCGAGGUGCAUAGAGGACAACAUUAUUGAGAUUAUCCCAUAUGAAUGUCCUCCACUUCAGAACAUCACCUGUGCUAAUAAAAAGGAACCAGUGCUUGUUUAUGAUGAGUACUAUUGUUGCCAGUAUUACGCUUGUGACUGUUUUUGUGAAGGCUGGGGUGACCCUCACUACAUUACAUUUGAUGGACUCUUCUACAGUUACCAAGGAAACUGCACUUACGUAUUAAUGGAGGAAAUCAGGCCUCAACACCACUUGAAGAUCUACAUCGAUAACGUCUUCUGUGACCCUACUGAGCUUGUAUCCUGUCCCAGAUCCAUUAUUGUGUCUUAUAACAAUCAAGUCAUAACUCUUAAAAAUCACAAUUUUAUAGGAGGUGCAGAGCUAGAGGCUUUGAAGGACGAUGUUAAGCUAAGGCUGCCUUUUGCCAGUAAUGGUGUGAGGGUUGUAAACUCAGACCUAGACUUGAUCCUGGAGAUUCCACAGCUGGACAUUGUUGUAACAUUUGGAGCCACUGGAUUCAGCAUCAAUCUGCCAUUCCAGUAUUUUGGAAACAACACACAAGGGCACUGUGGAACAUGCAACAACAAUGUGGCCGAUGACUGUAUGCUCCCUGGAGGGAUCUUGGUGGACGACUGUGCGGCAAUGGCUGAUUACUGGCCAGCCAAUGAUGUGAACAAAGAAAUUUGCACUAAACCAACAGAGAUACCUACAGUUGGGCCUGGUAUCAAACCCACAAUUAAGCCAUGUCAAGCCCACCCUGACUGCGAGCUCUUAAGGAGCGAGUUGUUCCAAGAGUGUCACCCCUAUGUGUCCCCAGAAAACUACUUAUUAGGCUGUCAAUAUGAUAGUUGUCAUAUGAGCAACCCCAGUGUGGUGUGUGCCAGUCUGCAGAGCUACGCAAGGGCUUGCUCUCAGCUUGGCAUCUGUAUAAACUGGAGAAACAACACUAUGCUCUGCAAUAUUGAAUGUUCAGAAGAUAAAGUCUUUAAGCCUUGUGGUCCAGCUGAACCACCAACCUGCGACGAUGAACUUGAAGAUAUUAUGAUUAUAGUGCGCACUGAGGGCUGCUUUUGCCCGGAGGGGACAAUGCUCUUCAACAAGCAGUCUGGAGUGUGUGUGGAAAAAUGCGGAUGCCUGGACUCCUCUGGGAUACCACGUGAGUUCGAUGAGGUUUUCCAGUACAACUGCGAGGAGUGUGUCUGUGAAAAGGCCAGCAAAUCGGUCAUCUGUAAGCCCAAGCAGUGCCCUGAUCCUAACCCUCAGAGCUGUUCUGAGCCCGGCUUUGUGUUGGUCAAUACCACUGAUCCCUCAGAACCAUGCUGCAACAAGCAAGUUUGCAAAUGUGAAAUCACUAUGUGCCCACCUUUGGAUAAGAAGUGUAACAUUGGACAUUCUCCAGAAAUGGAAGUCCCGGAGGGAAAAUGCUGUCCAGAAAUCAAAUGCGUGCCAAAAGGAGUGUGUGUCCACAAAAACCAAGAAUAUGAGCCUGGUGCAAUCAUCCCUGUCGUUGACUGUCAAGAAUGUACCUGUACAUGGGACAUGGAUCCUAAUUCACAGUUGUUCAAGAUCCGUUGUGGAUUUGUGCAGUGCAACGAGAAUUGUGAUCCUGGUUAUGAAUAUAUUGAUUCAAACAAUGACAACGACUGCUGUGGGAAGUGUGUGCAAACUCACUGUAUCAUCAAUGUCAACGGCACCACUCAUAUACUGAAGGAAGGAGCUGUUCUGCCCACCACAAACCAGGGCUGUGACAGAAUCACCUGCACUAAAGUUAACGGACAGUUCAUCACCGAUAACUACAGAAUCCAGUGCCCUCCUUUCAACAUGUCCAACUGCCAGCCUGGCACGUACCAGCUGUCAGUUGAUGGUUGCUGUCCUGUUUGUGUGGACCAGAACAAAGGAUGUCAAGUAAAGACUGUUCAUGAUUUCAUACUUCACAAGGAAUGCCAAUCAGAGAGGAAAAUAGACUUGACUUUUUGUGAGGGAGACUGUUCCAGUUCUAGCAUGUACUCUGAGCUUGGAGUGUCCAUUUGUAGCUGUUGCCAGGCGACUCGCACAAGUAAUCGUACAGUGGCUCUUGGCUGUGUAAAUGGAGACAAAGUAACCCACACGUAUGUCCAUGUUGAGCAGUGUGGCUGUAGCAAAACUAACUGUCACAGCAGUGGGGUGAGCCAGCACAUACUCGCUGAAAACGCCCGCGGUAAACGCAGCCUCAGAUUGCCGUGAGCACCAGCGAUUCCAGAAGUCAACAUCCCUAGCAUUCUGAAAAAAUUAUGUCUGAAGUAUCUGUGAAACUUUCAAUGAAUUUGAAUUGCAUAUGCUGUAUGUUUUACAUUUCUAAACUUUAAACUAUCCCAAGAGCUUUUCAUUUCUCUGAUUAUUUGGUAAAUACACUGUGUAUUCUUCUGCUUGUUUAUAAUUAAAAGCAAAUUA